AAUUGCAGACCUUGGCAAUGGCAUCAGAGCCCCCCAGAGUCUCUACGGCGCGUUGGAUGGAUGACGGAUAAGCAGGAUAGUGAACGGCGAAGACCUUGUUGCUGCCGGGUAAAAUUCCAGAGAUUGACCCGUCUUUUAUGAUACCCAUUGUUUUUGCUUGAGCCUUUCUGCUUUCCGGCAGAGUUUAGUGUUUACUCUGGAGGGGAAGGGACUCAACCUUUCUUGCAUGCUGAAAUCUUGUGGGUGCUUGUUUAACCAAGUUGUUGGGAAACAAGUUCACUGUCAUUGUGUGAGAAGUGGGUUUUUAGCGGAUGUUAGCGUGGGGACAUCACUUAUAGACAUGUACAUGAAAACGGGAAGUGUCCUUGAUGGGGAGAGAGUGUUUGACGAGAUGUGGGGACCGAAUGUGGUGACAUGGACAACGCUGAUUGCGGGUUAUUCGAGCAAUGGUUUGAUUGAUAGAGCAUUACAAGCUUUCAAAUUUAUGCAAAUGGAAGGGGUCAAGCCUAACCAGUUUACAUUUGCCACAGUCUUUGGAGCUUUGGCAGGUGACGAAACCCCCGAAAAGGGAUUGCAACUGCAUGCAUUGGUCAUCAAGUGCUGUUUGGAUGCAACUUUGUUUGUGGGGAAUUCCCUAAUCAGUGUAUAUUCGAGGUCAGGAAUGGUUGAAGAGGCUAAGGCCGUGUUUGACAUGAUGGAAAUCAGAAGUGAAGUCUCAUGGAAUGCCAUGAUUGCCGGUCUUGUGAGCAACAGACAUGAUUUUGAUGCUCUUGAAUUGUUCUGCAAGAUGAGGUUUUCCCAUGUCAAGCACACUAGGGCUACGUGUGUCACAGUUAUUAAAUUAUGCUCAAAUCUCAGGAAUUCUGAGCUGGCAAAACAGCUUCAUUCUUGGGUUAUGAAGAGUGAGUACGCAUCCGAUCAGAAUAUCAGAACUGCUCUGAUGGCCUGUUACGCAAAGUGUAGUGAGAUGGAUGAUGCCUUCAAAUUGUUCUCUUCUAUGAUGAAUAGGAAUGUGGUCUCGUGGACAGCAAUGAUUGGGGGAUACCUGAAGAAUAAUUGCAGAUCAGAGGAAGCAGCAAAUCUAUUCUGUCAAAUGAGAAAGGAAAAUGUCAAACCGAACCAUUUCACCUAUUCAACCAUCCUUGCCGCUCAUCCCACCAUCUCUAUCUCCCAAUUACAUUGUGAGAUCAUCAAGACCAAUCAUGAAAGCUCGCCCUUAGUGGCUACUGCAUUGUUAGAUGCUUAUGUUAAGACAGGUCGGAUUGAUGAUGCUUCAAAAGUGUUUGAAAAUAUUCAGGAGAAGGACAUAGUUGCUCGCUCUGCAAUGAUAGCUGGUUAUGCCCAAAACGGAGAUACUGAACAGGCUAUAAACGUUUUUAUCCGGUUGGCAAAUGAAGGGAUGAUCCCAAAUGAAUUUACAUUCUCUAGUGUCAUUAACGCGUGCACCACCUCAGCAUCUGCUGUGGAACAAGGAAAACAGUUUCACGGAUCAUCGAUUAAAUUUGGAUACGAUAAUGCUCUAUGCGUAAGUAGUGCCCUUGUUACCAUGUAUGCUAAAAGAGGAAUCAUAGAGAGCGCAAAUGCGAUUUUCCAGAGACAGAAAGAAAGAGACUUGGUUUCAUGGAACUCUAUGAUCAUAGGAUACGCCCAGCAUGGUUAUGCGCCGAAAGCAUUAGAGGUUUUUCAUGAAAUGAGGACCAAGAACGUCGAAAUGGAUGUCAUAACAUUUAUCGGUGUUAUUUCUGCUUGUACACAUACAGGGCUAGUGAAUGAAGGUGAAAAGUAUUUUGACUUUAUGGUAAAAGAUCUGCAAAUCCCUCCAUCCAUGGAAAUCUACUCGUGCAUGGUAGAUUUGUACGGCCGAGCUGGAAUGAUGGAGAAAGCAAUGUCACUGAUCAAUGGGAUGCCCUUCCCCGCUGGUGCUACCGUGUGGCGUACUGUUUUAGCAGCAUGCCGAGUCCAUCGAAAUGUGGACUUAGGGAAACUUGCAGCAGAGAAGCUAAUAUCACUGCAGCCACAUGACUCUGCAGCAUAUGUCUUGCUGUCCAACCUGCACGCUGCAACUGGGAAUUGGCAAGAAAGAGAGAGAGUGAGAACUAUGAUGGAACAAAGACGAGUAAAGAAAGAAACUGGGUACAGCUGGAUUGUGUUCAAGAACAAGACGUACACUUUCACAGCUGGCGAUGUUUCCCAUCCCAUGUCAAAGAGUUAUACGAAACUUGAAGAAUUGAGUGUCCGGUUAAGAGAAGCUGGAUAUGAACCAGAUACCAGUGAGGUACUUCAUGAUGUGGAAGAGGAACAUAAAGCAGCAAUUUUAUCCAUGCACAGUGAAAGGUUGGCUAUUGCUUUCGGGUUGAUUGCCAUGUCUCCUGGCAUUCCCAUCCAGAUUGUCAAGAAUCUGAGGGUCUGUGUUGACUGUCAUACUGUGAUUAAGUUAAUAUCCAAAAUAGAGAGUAGGGAGAUUAUUGUCAGAGAUUCAAACAGAUUCCAUCAUUUCAAAGGUGGUGUGUGCUCUUGUGGGGAUUUCUGGUGAUCUGUUUUUUGUGCCAAUUAAUGCCAAUUGUUAACUCACUCCCAUACACUCCAUCUCAUGGCUGACAUCAGGACAAGUUUUUUUUGUACUUUCUUUUUGGUCAAGUUUUCCAUAAUGUUAAGUAUCCCACAUCAAUUGCUCUACCGUGGGUUCUAAGUUAUCAUUUUUUUGGUAUAGACUUUAUGUUCCUUCUUAUCAGACCUAAACAUCACCAUUCUAAUCAGCAAGAAAAGCAGAUCUGCCAC